AUGACUACAGCAAUAAACAGAACUUCACCACUAUUACUUUGCAUAUUUUGUGUGGCUCUGACUGCUGCUGUGGAGCCUGCGGUAGUGAAAGACGCCAGCGCAGGAAUAGGAGUGAAUGUUACAACAACAACAACGAAAUCCGCGCCUACCACCGCCAACACAAAUGCGUUGCCUAAUACGACCCAAACACCGAUGCUGCUUGUCUUUGACGAGCCCACCGCACGAUCGCAGCAAGCCGACGAAGGACGCGCCGUCACGCCAAUUAACGCAAAUGAGUUAGAUGGACGUAGCGCUUAUAUUAACAAUCAGUAUGUAGCCGAUGGCGAAACACUACCGUAUAAUGAUACCUCGCCACCGCUCUAUCAGUUUCUGCAGGAACAAAUGGAACAUAUACUCGGUUCGAAUUUGCCAAGUGAAACGACAGCGAAUGGCGCUGUGGGCAAAGAGAUGAGCGCCAACGGUUAUGACUUGCCGGCGUUACAAAAUAAUGCAAAUAGUCCUGUGUUUGCUUACGGCACAACAAACUUUGAGGAAGAGGACGACAUGAUAGGUCCUUAUGCGAACGAACCAGAUGAAAAGUAUUACCAUGGCACAGCACCCACAAACCCAAAUUCGAUGGAGCUGCCUAAGCCGAUAAUUGUUGGUGCCACAAAAGUGCAUGGCGUUAGCGUGCGACCAAAGUUACGCACCACAACAACAUCAACGACCACUACCACAACCGAGGCACCUCACUUGCACACAGGUGGCUAUGGUGGCCAAUUGACAUUACCGGCACCGCUUUCGGCAGCAGCCAUUUCGCAGCAGUAUAAACCGCAAUUGACAUCGAAUGGAUAUGGCACGCACAUGCCAAGCUAUAAGCCACAAGUAACGGAGGAGCCUUAUUCCGUGCCGAGCAAGUAUGCUUAUGUGCGUCAAAAUAGUACGGUGCAUAUGCGAAAGCGGCGCAUCACAUUCAAAACCGUGGCGUCGGCCUCGCAGAUUGUCUCCACACCGCUAGCGGAUUUGAUGUUUAAGUAUUCAAUAGGCGUGGCUAAGCCGUCGAUGUCGGUGAACGGCAACUCUGUGUACGAGCAGGAGGAACAGCCAAUACGAAAUUUCAUCUCGAGUAGCUAUAAUGAUAAUUUGGAUCUGCCGAAGCAUACUACUUAUGCAGGAAGGAUUUCACAAAGCAGUCAUCGAAAGUAUUAA